AUGUCGUCACUGAUUUCUGCCAGGUUGUUCCAAUACCUGAUGGGCGCAAACCUCAACUCUUCCAGGAUCAGAAUGACGACCCCUAUCCUAACAAGCAUCGUCCCAGGCGCGGGGCCUCUCCACUCUUCGGCCUACUUUGUCCGGCUCUACUUGCCAUUAGAGUUCCAAGCUUCCCCUCCUGUCCCUCUCCCGGAGCUGAACCUACAUCCAGAUAGGUGGCCAGGCCACUGCGUCGCCGUCAGGAGCUUCUCAGGCUACGCACGCGACCACAAUGUCGUCGAGGAAGCUGAGAAACUCGCCUUGAGCUUGAGCCGGUCACCGUGGGGGAACUCCACGAAUCACCCUAGCAAGAACGCCUACUCCAUCGCACAGUACAACAGCCCCUUCCGCAUCGUCGGCCGUGUCAACGAGGUGUGGUUCGACGUCGACUGCAGAUCUGCUGGUGUGGAGGCUUAUUAA